AUGGUCAUUGCACUUGCCGUAGCAGCAGUGGGAGUAGGAGCCGUGGCACUCCACAAGGAAAGGAAAAAGAGAAAGUUGAGAAAGCUUUCGCAAAAGGAGCAACAGCAAUUCCAAGCUUAUGAAAAUGCUCAACGAUCCCAAGUUUCAGGACGAAAUUACGUACAACCACCACCACAACAACAGGGGCCGCCGCGGGUACAGCAGCAACCCGGCAGCAGCAUGAGGAGCGACCGCAGUGGCAGCAGCCGGUCAAGUAAUGCCCAUGCCCAUGCUGCACCGCUGCAACCACCACGUGCCCUGCGUCCGCAUCCGCAAUCGCAGCGCAAUCAUGGUAAUGUGCCUUCGACACCGAUGAAACCAUCGACUUUUAGACCUGCGACGCAGAGAGUCUCGCAUGAUAGAAACACGCAAAGAUCAAGUCGUCCGGAGACGCAUAGGCCGACUGUUGAUGAAUAUGAUCCGCCACCUGCUUACACUCCAUAA